AUGAGUGCUGCUUCCGCCGCAAUGCCCAAAGCCGCGGCUAUUCCCGCUCGUUUACUGCGGACUUCGCGACAAUGCUCCAAGCAGAACCCGGCCGCCAGUGUCCGAUCAUCCACCACAGUUCGGACUUAUCAUGUGUCGGCUGCUUCUCCAACAAGCCAGCGCCUGCGGGAUGGUGUUCGUAGCAAGAACAGUCCGGCAUUCCUGUCGUCAAGGGUUUUCCAUACGACCGCUCCUCUUGGAGCCAUGUCUGACCCGUAUAAAGUUUUAGGAGUCGACAAGGGUGCUUCUGCAGGCGACAUCAAGAAAGCUUACUAUGGAAUGGCCAAGAAAUACCACCCGGAUACCAACAAAGACCCUGGCGCCAAGGAAAAGUUUGCGGAAGCUCAGUCGGCCUACGAACUUCUAUCCGAUCCGAAGAAGCGCGAGAAUUUCGACCGAUUCGGCUCAGCUGCUUUUGACCAGAACGGCGGCUUCGAUCCCAGUGGCGGUAACCCAUUUGCCGGCGCCGGUGGUUUCCACGGCUUCGGUGGAGGAUUUGGUGGUGGAUUCCCUGGAGGAUUCUCGGGUGACAUCAACUUCGAAGACUUGUUCGGCGCAUUUACCGGCGGCGCUCGCCGUGCGGGUCGAGGACGCCGAAGCCCGUUCCAGGAGAUCUUGGUUGGCGAAGAUAUCGAGGUUCAGACCAACAUUUCCUUCAUGGAAGCUGCGAAGGGUACUUCCAAGGAUAUAGUCAUCACUCCCCUGAAGGAGUGUGGCACCUGUGAUGGAGAUGGACUGAAGAAGGGUGCUAAACGAACGCAAUGCCGUCAGUGCAACGGUUCUGGCACCCGGGUACACUUCAUGCAGGGAGGAUUCCAAGUUGCGGCUACCUGCGAUGCCUGUGGAGGUGCGGGAAUGACUGUUCCCCGCGGAUCCGAAUGUGGCGGGUGUAAAGGAAGUGGUGUGGUCAGAGAUCGCAAGACUGUCCAGGUCGACAUCCCCGGCGGUGUCGAGGAUGGCAUGCGUCUGAGAGUGUCCGGAGAAGGUGACGCCCCUCCUACGGGCACCGCAGCAGCCCCUGGCUCCCGUACGCAGCGUGGUGACUUGUACGUCUCCAUUCGGGUCUCCCCCGAUCACCGCUUCAGCCGCUCCGGCUCCGAUAUUCUCUACACAGCCUCUAUUCCUCUCACCACUGCUCUGCUUGGCGGUGAGGUGACGGUCCCGACUUUGGACGGCGAGGUCAAGGUCAAGGUUGGAACGGGUACCGGCACGGGUGACCGCAUUACUCUCUCGGGCAUGGGCAUGAAGAAACUCAGUGGCCGUUCUAGAGCCUUCACUCCUACCGGUGACUUGAAGGUUGAGUUCAAGGUUGCCAUGCCGAAGUAUUUGACUAGCAACCAGCGGACAAUCCUCGAGGUUCUAGCGGAUGAAAUGGGUGACAAGACGGCCAGACGCAUCAUGGACAUCCCCAAGGAUGGAUCAACUCCUGACUCCGGCGCCACCUCCGAUUCUUCCAAGAACGAGGGAUUCCUUAAAUCGGCCUGGCACAAGCUCAUGAACCACUCGAAACAAUCGGGAUCGGAAGGCUCGGGUAGCGAGUCAGGCAAGAAGGACCGCAGCGACAGCAACAAAUCCGACGAUGAGAAGAAGUCCGGCUCCAGCUAA